AUGAGGUGCGAACUGCCGCGGCGCCCAAAAUCGUCCAUGGUCCUGAAACCUUUGAUCCUGCGUACCGGCAAACCUCACUUGCACUUCGGAGAAAGGUUUAGCUGUGAGAAACUCGUAUGGUUCUUGUUGAGCUGCGUCCUGAACGUCGCGCUUAGACAAAGAUUGAAGCCCGCUCAGUGCACUUGUCCCGGAAUUAAAAAUGAGCAUGACUGA